UUAUAAAAGUACGAUUAUAGUCCACACAAGUCUCCAAAAUGUGGCUCCAACCAGAAGACCGCGUAUAAACACUCCAUAUUCUUUGACCAAACAAAAAAAAAAACACUCCAUAUUCUACUCAAUUCUACGCUAUUUAACAGCCUCAACCGCCAUGCCAAAAACCCCAACACAAUCUUCUCUCUCUCUCUCAAACAUUUUUCCACUCAGUUUCCAACUCAAUUCAAUCUACAUGCUGCUGGGUUUUACUGUGAGCUCAAAUUAGCUUACUUACCACUAAAGCUCAAAUCUUUACCAAAAUCCCAACAUCGUCCUCUCUCUCUCUCUCUCUCUCUCUCUCUCUCAAACUGUUCCACUCGGUUUCCAACUCACUCAAAUGCAAGGGAAAGCUGAACCUACAUGCAGUAGCUAAAGCUCGUAUCUUUACCAAAUAAUUUUCAUUUUUUCUUUUCAUCUAAAAUUAGACACCAAAGCAUGCAGCUUUCUCUCUCAAAUUUCUUCUUCUUAUUGUUAUUCUUCUUUUCUGUCCCCAUACCUCUUGUAUCUAGCUUGAGCUCUGAUGGGGUGGCAAUGUUGUCCCUCCUCAAGCACUGGACUAUAGUCCCAACCCCAAUAUCCUCCACCUGGAAUGCCUCUGAUUCCAAUCCUUGCCAAUGGGUUGGAAUCCAAUGUGAUAAAUCCCACAAUGUGGUUGCCUUAAACCUCACCGGGUUUGGAAUUUCUGGUCAAUUGGGUCCUGAAGUUGGCAGCUUUAGGUUUUUGCAGACUCUUUCUUUGGGUUCCAACAACUUUAGUGGCAAAAUCCCAACCGGGUUGGCCAAUUGUACUUUACUUGAGUACUUGAAUUUGUCAGUAAAUCAUUUUUCUGGUGAAAUCCCUGAACCCUUGUUUUCGAUUUCCAGCUUGGUCCAUAUUGAUCUGUAUGAGAAUAGUUUGAAUGGUUCCAUCCCUGCAAAUGUUGGGAAUUUAAGUAAAUUGGAGGAGUUGUAUUUGGGUGAUAACCAGUUGAGUGGAGUCCUGCCUAAGAGUCUGAACAAUCUUGGGAACCUAGUGUAUCUUGACGUUAGGGAGAAUCAUCUCGAGGGUAGGAUUGAUUUGGGUUCUGGGGAUUGCAAGAAUUUGUUUUUCUUGGAUUUGUCACGCAAUCAGUUUAGUGGAGGUCUUCCAUCAAGCCUGGGAAAUUGUAGUAAUUUAACACAGUUUGCUGCUGUGAGUAGCAACUUAAUGGGGACCAUCCCGUCGUCCUUUGGCCAACUAGGGAAGCUUCAACUUCUGUACCUUCCUGAGAACCGUUUGUCUGGGAAAAUACCUCCUGAACUUGGUAAGUGUACGUCCUUGACUGGACUACACUUGUAUACGAACCAACUAGAGGGAGAAAUUCCUAGUGAAUUGGGGCUGCUGACCAAAUUGCAGGAUCUUGAAUUGUUUGAGAACAGGUUAACUGGUGAAAUCCCAAUUAGCAUUUGGAAGAUUCAGAGUCUUCAGCACAUCCUUGUGUACAAUAAUAGCCUCACGGGGGAGCUGCCUGUGGAGAUGACUGAGCUGAAGCAACUGCAGAAUAUUUCGUUGUUUAACAACCUGUUUUCUGGAGUUAUACCUCAAGGUCUGGGGAUUAACAGCAGUCUAGUGCAGUUAGAUUUUAUGUAUAAUAACUUCACUGGUACAAUCCCUCCAAAUCUUUGCCAUGGAAAGCGCUUAAGGGUGUUGACUAUGGCUUCCAAUCGACUUCAAGGUUCCAUACCUUCUGAUGUUGGAUAUUGCCCCACUCUCUGGAGGUUGAAGCUUGAACGGAAUAACCUCAGUGGAGCUCUCCCGGAAUUUGCAGAAAAUCCAAACUUCGAUCAUAUGGACAUCAGCAGCAAUGAGAUUAGUGGAGCAAUUCCAUCAAGCUUGCGAAACUGUGGCAACCUCACAACUAUCAAUUUGUCCACAAACAAGUUAACCGGAGCUAUACCGCCGGAGCUGGGGAAUCUUGCAAAGCUCCGUACUUUGGUUCUUUUCCACAACAAUUUGGUUGGUUCUCUGCCUCCUCAACUAUCCAAGUGUACCAAAAUGGAUAAGUUUGAUGUGCGGUCCAACUUGUUGAACGGCUCCAUUCCGUCAAUUCUGACAAGUUGGACAGGUUUAUCAACGCUGAUUUUAAGCGACAACAGCUUCACUGGUGGCAUCCCAACUUUCUUGUCGGAGUUCGAAAAGCUUUCAGAGCUACAGCUUGGUGGAAAUCUGUUCGGAGGUGUGAUUCCACCAUCGAUUGGAGCAUUGAAGAGUAUCUUUUAUGCUUUAAAUCUUAGCAACAAUGGAUUGACAGGUCCGCUUCCUGCAGAGCUAGGGCAGCUGAUAAGGCUACAACAAUUAGAUCUUUCUCGUAACAAUUUGACAGGGACUUUAAAAGCGCUCGACGGUAUGAGUUCACUAACUGAGGUUCAUGUUUCAGACAACAACUUCACAGGCCCGGUACCGGAGACGUUGAUGAAGCUGUUGAACUCAUCCCAAUCGUCAUUUUUGGGCAAUCCCUACAUAUGUGUCAAUUACCUUCCAUCAUGUGGCUCAACGUGCGCGGGAAACAACAGUUUUAAGCCUUGCAACAGCCCACCAAGCAACCGGAAAGGCCUUGGUAAAGUGCAAAUUGCAUUGACAGCUCUAGGAUCCUCGAUAUUUGUUGUUUUUGUGCUUUAUGGGCUGAUUUAUCUGUUCCUGUGGCGCAAAAGGGCCAAGCACGAUCUUCAGAUCUCUGCUCAAGAGGGGCCAUCUGCCUUGCUCGACAAGGUGCUGGAGGCUACAGAAAACCUGAAUGGUCACUAUAUCAUCGGGAGAGGAGCCCAUGGAACAGUCUAUAAGGCCUCCUUGGCGACAGACCAAGAUUAUGCAGUCAAGAAGCUUCAAUUUGCGGGGCACGAAGGAAGGCGUUUGAGCAUGGUUCGAGAAAUUCAAACCCUUGGGGCAAUUAGGCACCGGAAUCUGGUUAGAUUGGAAAACUUCUGGUUAAGAAACGACCACGGUUUAAUCUUGUAUAGGUACAUGGAAAAUGGGAGCCUUCAUGAUGUUUUACAUGAAAUUGAACCCCAACCAACUCUUGAGUGGAGUGUUCGCUACAGGAUAGCGCUUGGAACUGCAUACGGGUUGGAAUAUCUCCAUUACGAUUGUGAUCCCGCGAUAGUGCAUCGAGACAUCAAACCUAUGAACAUCCUCUUGGACUCUGAUAUGGAGCCCCAUAUUGCUGACUUUGGUAUUGCUAAACUUCUGGAUCAGCGGUCUUCUUCACCAACGACAUCCAUAGCAGUUGUGGGUACAACCGGAUAUAUUGCACCAGAAAAUGCAUUUACAACAGCAAGGGGCGUGGAAUCUGACGUUUACAGUUACGGGGUCGUUUUACUUGAGCUGCUAACUAGGAAGAAGGCAUUGGAUCCAUCGUUUAUGGAGCAAACUGACAUUGCAGGAUGGGCUAAGUCAGCGUGGAGCAGCACGGAACAAAUUGAUCAGAUCGUCGAUUCAAGGCUUAAGGAGGAACUUCUGGAUUCAACCACCAUGGAUCAAGUUAUCGAGGUGCUUAUGGUGGCUUUCAGAUGUACUGAGAAAGAUCCGAAAAAGAGACCCACGAUGAGAGCUGUUAUCAAGCAAUUGUUAGAUGCAGAUUCCCAAGUGAGAAGGACAAAAGGCUAGCUUUUGAAUUUUUCCAUAUCGGUUGUUGUGACCGGUGUACUUUUAGUGCUGUUUAAUCUUACUGGAUGGUGAAGUAUCUGUGAACAUGUGCAAUGUAGGUUCGAUAUGCAAUUUUAAGGGAAAUAUUUAACA